CUUGCGAACGCUAUGGGAUCCAAAAACAAGAUGAAGAAAAAUACGAAGAAUGAGGCUGAAACGGCGGCGCACGGCGUCGGCGGCAACUACCAUCGCCAUGAAGACAAAAUCAUUGCGGACUCUCGGUUCGCGUCUGUACACUCGGACCCAAGGUUCCGGGAAGUUCCGAAGCACAAAACAAAGGUGGCGAUCGACUCUCGGUUUAAUCGCAUGUUCAACGACAAGAGCUUCUCUUCGUCCAGUGCUCGGAUUGAUAAGAGAGGCAGAAUUAAGAAGGAAUCGUCUCAGAACCCUCUCAAACAUUAUUACCGCCUCGAAGAAGAAGAAGAAAAACAGAGAAAACGCCAAGAAGAAGAGGUUGAAAGUGAAGAAGAGACUGAAAGUGAGAGCGAGAGUGAGGAAUUGAAGCAACUCGGUGAAGAAUUGUGUGUCUCUGAAUUGAGGAAAAGUGAACCAGAAUCGUCUGAUUUGGUAUCGGAAUCGGAGGAGGAUGAUGAAGAAAAAGAGGAUGAUGAUGAUGUGGAGGCGGAUGAAUCUUCAAGUAGUACUACAGAUUCGGAGGAAGAUGAGGUGUAUUCGGAAGGAGAGGAUAAUUUUUUGCAGGAGGAAAAUGUACCGGAAACUGACAAAGAAACCCACAGGCUUGCUGUCGUCAAUUUGGAUUGGGGUCAAGUGGCGGCAGUUGACUUGUAUGUAAUGCUAAGCUCAUUUCUUCCAAAAGGAGGCCAAAUAUUGUCUGUGUCUGUCUAUCCAUCUGAGUUUGGACUCAAGCGUAUGGAAGAGGAGGCAGUGCAUGGUCCUGUUGGCUUAUUUGAAGAUGAGAAAGAGAAAAAUGAUAAUGAUGACGUCAACGAUGAGAUUGACACUGAGAAAUUGCGUGCUUAUGAAUUAAGCAGGCUAAGGUACUAUUAUGCUGUAGUGGAAUGUGAUUCUAGUGCUACAGCAGAUUACCUAUAUAAAAGAUGUGACGGCCUUGAGUUUGAAAGAUCAUCAAACAAGCUGGACUUGAGGUUUAUUCCCGAUUCUAUGGAGUUUAAGCAUCCUCCCCGUGAUGUUGUAACAGAGGCACCAGUGAACUACCAAGGAUUAGAUUUUCAUACUCGAGCACUACAGCAUAGUAAAAUUAAUCUUACAUGGGAUGAAGAUGAACCACAGCGUGCAAAGACGUUGAAGAGAAAAUUUAAUGCUGACCAGCUUAAGGAAUUGGAGUUGGAGGAGUUUCUGGCUUCUGAUCACAGUGAAACUGAUGAAGAUGAGAGUGAUGAUGCCAUGGCACAUAGAUCUACCAGAAAACAUAAAAAACAAGACAUGUACCGUGCUUUAAUCCAGUCCGGGGAUGGUUCAGAUGGAGAUGAGGAGGAUGGUGGCCAGGAUAUGGAGGUCACUUUCAAUACUGGUUUAGAGGAUAUAAGCAAGCAAAUUUUAGAGAAGAAGGAUAAGAAAUCAGAAACUGUCUGGGAGGUGUAUCUUAGGAAGAGAAGUGAGAAAAAGAAGGCCAAGAAAAAUAGAUCCAAGAGCUCAUCAGAGGAUGAUAGUAGUGAUUCUGAUCAAGAACCAAAGGAAAAACCUGAUGACUUCUUUGUUGACGAAUCUCCGGUUAAAGGAACUAAGGAGGCUCGAGCUAAAAGUGCUCGCAAAGGAAAGCAGAAUCAAGAAACAGCCGAAGAAGCUGAAGCAAGUAGAGCAGAGCUUGAGUUAUUACUUGCUGAUGAAAAGGGUGCAGAUACGAGCUUAAAGGGCUACAAUUUGAAACCUAAAAAGGCCAAGGGGAAGAAAGGGAAAGGACUUCCAGAUGAGGGCAAAAUACCAACUAUUAACUAUGAUGAUGCACGGUUUUCCCGCUUCUUCACUUCACCUCUCUUUGCCUUGGAUCCCACAGAUCCUCAGUUCAAAAGGAGUGCAGCUUAUGCUCGGCAGAUAGCACAGAAGCAACAGAAAGGUAACCAGGAAAGUAUAGGGGAAGAAGAUCAUACAGUGUCAACUAGGCAAGCUCAGUUAUCUGAUACCCUGGAGACUAACAGAGCUGAGCAGUUGCGGUCUAACGGGUUGCCCUCAGAAAAAGAGAAGCACGAGCUCUCUCAUUUGGUUAGGUCAAUUAAGAUGAAGUCCAAGCAGGUUCCUUUGCCCUGUAACAAUAAGGUGUCACGGAAAAAGGACAGAUCACAACUUAAUACGAAGGCAAGAAAGUGAGACACAUGCGUUCUCAAUUUCGGUUUGUUCAGUUACAAAGGCUCUGAGUUCUCUAAAAUUGGAAGAAUGGAGGAAAAUUUUGUUUCGACGUUUCUUAUUGGAGUGCGGAAAAAGGCGCCAAUUUGCUGGGUCAUGCAGUUAAGGCUGUCUUACAAGCAGGUAUAGCUGCAAAUCCCAAAGGCAUACAAUGUACCAUCUCUUUCAAUGUGUCGUGUUUUUUGGUGGAUUUUUUUUAAUGGUAAAUUAGAAGAAAUGUUGCGCCGUGGCCUGCCUCAAGUUUUUGAAAUUAUACAUUAUACCCUUAAAUUUAUGUUUUGAUCAUAUUUUAUAGAUCACUCAAAUUCUUAAAAUUUAUAAUUUGUACAUUAAAUUAUUAUCUUGA